UGCUAAUAUAAAAGUAUCUCCAAACACGCAUCUCGUAACUCAGAUCUUGUAAUACACAGAUUCGUCUCUUUUUUUUUUAGGACAGGAAAAACAAACUUAUAUCUCUUAGUUGAGACUCAAUUUCCUCUUAAUCUUGGUUUUUCUUGUUUUUUUCUUUUUUUUCCAGAAGAGCAGAAGGGUAGCAAGAAACGACAUUUAAGAAAAACAGAAAGCCUCCCCCCGCCGUCCACAGUAACAAAACUCAGCCCCUCAGUUUCGUCAUUGGCAAAAUAGCCCGGGGAAAUUUUAUUUCUCUUACGCUACGCGCGCACAAAGCCAGCAGCCCAUCGGUAAACAGCAACGGACGAAUUGCUUUUAUAUCGAGGCAACACCCCCGCCAAAAUGCCAAUGCUCAAGGACCCCUCCACAAAAUAUAGGAAGUUCCCUCCUGUGAACCUCCCCGAUCGCCAAUGGCCCAGCAAAACUCUUGACAAGGCCCCCAGAUGGCUCUCGACCGAUCUCAGAGAUGGAAACCAGAGUUUGGUUGACCCAAUGAGCGGAGACGAGAAAUGGACCUACUUCAAGAUGCUAUGCGAAUUGGGCUACAAGGAGAUCGAGGUCUCCUUCCCAUCUGCCUCCCAGACCGACUUCGACUUCACCAGGCGCCUGAUCGAGACUCCAGGCGUUGUCCCAGACGAUGUGUUUCUGCAAGUUCUCUCACCAUGCCGCGAGGAUCUGAUCAGGAGGACUGUAGAGUCCGUCAGGGGCGCCAAGAAGGCCAUCAUACACAUCUACCUCGCCACCAGCGAGUGCUUCCGCCGCAUCGUGUUCGGCUUCACAGAGGAGGAGAGCGUGGAGCUGGCUAUACGCUGCACAAAGUUGGUUCGUUCUCUGACCAAGGACGACCCGACACAAGCCGGUACCGAGUGGGGAUUCGAGUUCAGCCCCGAGACUUUCUCCGAUACCGGGCUGGACUUUGCUGUCCGGAUCUGUGAGGCAGUCAAGGCGGCGUGGGAGCCGACGGCCGAGAGCCCCAUCAUCUUCAACCUGCCCGCCACCGUCGAGAUGUCAACGCCCAACGUCUACGCAGAUCAGAUCGAGUACUUUUGCCGCAACAUCUCGGAGCGCGAGAAGUGCUGCAUCUCGCUGCACCCGCACAACGACAGGGGCUGCGCGGUCGCCGCGGCUGAGCUGGCCCAGAUGGCCGGCGCGGACCGUGUCGAAGGCUGUCUGUUUGGCAACGGCGAGCGCACUGGUAACGUGGACCUCGUAACCCUGGCUCUCAACCUGUACACUCAGGGCGUAAACCCCAAAGUCGACUUCUCAGACCUGAACCGUGUUAUUGGCGUUGUCGAGGUCUGCAACAAGAUACCCGUCCAUCCCCGUGCGCCCUACGGCGGAUCUCUGGUCGUAUGCGCCUUCAGCGGCUCGCAUCAGGAUGCCAUCAAAAAGGGCUUCCAGCUGCGUGAGGCCAAGGGAGCCGGCUACGAGGACUACUGGCAGGUGCCGUACCUGCCACUGGACCCCAAGGACAUCGGGCGCGACUACCACGCCGUCAUCAGGGUCAACUCGCAGUCCGGAAAGGGUGGAGCGGCAUGGGUCAUUCAGCAACACCUGCACCUGGACCUGCCGCGCGGUCUGCAGGUGCACUUCAGCAAGAUCCUGCAGAAAAUUGCGGACGAGCGGGGCCGGGAACUGCUUCCGGUGGAGAUUACGGACUUGUUCCAGGAGACCUACUUCCUGAAGGGCAACCCCAGGUUCAGCAUUGUCGACUACUCCAUCACACCCGACAGGAGCUCGAGCCCCGCGCCGCCAGCCCCGGGCAAGACGCAGGACACCAAGAACCUCAAGCGAGUUUUCGAGGGCGUCAUUUCGGCCGAUGGUCGGGAGUACACCCUGCGUGGCCGGGGCAACGGUCCCAUCUCGUCGCUGGCCAACGCGCUGCGGUCUGUCGGGGUCGACCUCGAUGUCAACGAGUACAAGGAGCACGCCGUUGGUAAGGGACGCGACGUCAAGGCUGCGACGUACAUUGAGUGCACAGCCUCGGGCAGCAGUCAGAAGCUCUGGGGCGUGGGCCUUCACGAGGACGUGGUUCAGAGCUCUCUGAUUGCUCUGUUGAGUGCGGCCAGCAGUUUUGUUGCUAGCCGCCCGGGAAGCCCCGUCCUGGCCGUCGAAGGCGUCAAAUCCAACGGUAGUGAACAAGUACCCAAGGGUCUUGUCCAGUCCCUCGAGGCACAAGCGGAAUCCAUGUAAUGAAUGAACAUUAUGCUCUUUUGUGUUUUUAGUUUGGGAUCGCUCGAAGUGGUCCAUAAAAAAAAGAGAGAGAGAGAGAGAGAGAGAGAGAGAGAGAGAGAGAGAGAGAGAGAGAGAGAGAGAGAGAGAGAGAGAGAGA